CCUCGAUCCUCAGUCUUCGGUCCUCGAUUCGAUUCGAUCCUUGUCCUCGAUCUUCGAUUCGAUCCUCGAUCGCCGUUCCUCGUCUUCGGUGUUCGAUCCCCUCCCGCGCAGGGGAUGGUGGGCUGCGCGGGCUUCUCCGCUGAGACGCGCAUACAGGUGCGGGCCGACAACCCGAAGAAGGCUGGCGGCGCGGCCGCCGCCAGGUACGACGGCUACAAGAAGGCCAAGACGGUGCAGGAGUUCCUCGCGCUGGGCGGCUGGGUCGGAGACCUGAGGAACGACUAUGCGAAAGGCUACAUCACCCUGCUGGACAAGAAGGGUUCAGGC